AUGGGCGGGGCGGAAACGAGACAGGCUCACGCACUCCCGAUCGCUCUCGAUGUUGCCGUCAAGGUGAUGGAUAUCAACCAGAUCAAGGAGGACUACGUCAUCAAAAAUCUUUGCAGAGAAGCGAAAAUCAUGUCGAAACUGAAUCAUCCCUGUAUCGUCGCUUUAUUCCAAACUAUGCAGGUGCCGACGCAGAUGCAGAAUUUCCUCGAGAGAACCAUCGUCGCGAGUCCCAUAAACCCGUUGCGGCGGGAAAGUCUGUGCACACGGAAGCAGGAGAACGCAGGGCGAUGA